AUACAGGUGGUUGCCAGGGUGAUGCACUUGUUUGUAAACAAAGAUGUGCUGAAGAAGAGGAGCGACGAUGAGUCUGUACUUUGAAAAUCCCGUGAAUUUUCCGGAAUCUGGGACGAUUUCGACGAACGAAACUUGGCACCCGAACGCUCCACUUCUUGCGGUCGCCAGUUAUUCGCAAGAAAAAGGUGGAUUCGUCACCAUCUUCGACGACCAGGGCGAACCUUUGCACGAUGUUAAUUGCCCUUACCAUGCAGUCUCCCAAGUCACAGCCUUGUCCUGGCAUCCGGAUCGCAACAUCCUGGCAACAGGAUGGGAGAGCGGAGAGAUCAGGAUCUGGAAUGGGAUUGACAAAGAUUUCUUAUUGGUGAAUGGUCCGCACACAGCACCAGUGACUUUAUUGGAGUUCAGUGAGAAGGGAGGACGAUUGGUUAGCUGUGAUGCUACAGGUUCAAUGGUGGGAUGGAAGGUGGAUCAGAAAGGACAGGUGAUUACAGCUUUCCAUCACGAUUUAAAAGAAGCCGUCACUCAUCUAACAUUUCGCUUAACUGUGAAAACUCACUUUGAGUACGAUGUUGAGGGUCUCGCGAAGGCGGCGGUUAAUGGAGAUGAGCACGCUUUGGAUCUCUUCAGCAAUUGGAGACCGAAGACUACGGCCAGGAAGUUCCGUGUCCAGGAUGGUACAGAUAAUCAAUGCUUCUUCGUUGGAACGCAAUUAGGUUCGGUGUAUUACGUGAACCAAUCCGGUGCUUGCACCGAAGUGCUGAACACGGAAGGAACUCCCUUAAGUUACAUCUUGUACCAAGAGAAUGCCGAGUCUUUGAUCAUCAUGAUGGAUGGGUUUACCAUAGGUCAUUUCAAGGUGGAUUUCCAAGGGCAUCUGACUGAGCUGGUAAAGGUGAAGAUGAGCGGUAGGGCGCAAGGUGUUAGAGCAACAGCUAAUCAAGGCUUGAUUUGGGCUGGAGGAAGUUGUCUAGCUGUACUAACCGGAGAAUUAACAGUUCGUAUUUGGGACGUGGAUUCCAAUGAUAAUUAUGUACUUCCCACCUCGCUGAAGAACUACGGCAGCAACGACGAAAUUAGCAAGCAGAUCAACGAGAUGUUCACUUGCAUCUCGUAUUGCAAAUUAAAUCAUACUUUAUGUGCAGGCACGAACGCUGGUAGGAUUUACUUCUGGGUGCAAAAAGGAAGCAAAUUUGAAGGAAAGGAAGCCGAGGAGCUGUGGGAAUUGAAGACGAUAAGCAGUGUUAGCGGUACUGUUAAGCAGGUGCAUUGGGGCUCGAUACAUCUUAGAAAUCCCAUCCUGAGCGUCAACUGCGUGACUAGGGUUUACAUAAUGAAGGAGCAAGGAUUGUCGGUGGCGUUCAGCGAGAGGAUGUGGGCUACGCAGAAGAACGCUUCUCAAAUCCUCCUGGAAACCGGAGAAGAUAAUCUGGUGUUGAAUCUGGAUAUACAGGUGACGGAUUUAUCAGUGAAUCACGAGUGUUUGGCGGCAACAAACGGGAAAACGAUUUGUCUUUAUGGAGUGGUUAAGAAGAGCAAGAGUAACCAAGAGGAGAAGGAUAAAAAGAAAGUAUCGAACCUUACCGCAACGUUAAUGAGUAGCUUCUCCUGCGACAACGAAACCAUCAAACUGCACGGCAAAGACGUCGUAGUUAUGUAUAUUAGCGGCGUUACAAUACGAACUUCAAAUGGAGGUGUUUUAUCAAAUAUACCCACAGUUUCCAACGAAGGAGAACCUAUAGGAAUCGAUGUGUGCGGUCAUUUCUUAACGAUAUUUACUAUGGAAGGUUUUCUGAAAAUCUACGAUAUCUCCGAUAGAGAACCGAAGAUGGUGACUAGCAUCAGGAAUAUGUACGACAUGUGUCCGGAUUUCGGAGAGAUCAUCCAGGCUAAGUCUAACAGCAACGGCACUAGAAUUGCGUUGACCGUAGCCGCAGCGAAUUUGAUUCCCGAUGGUAAAUUGUACGUUUGGGACGUCGAGAAUGAUGCAAUGGUCAAUUACGAUUUCCGGAAGGACGUUACUGCCGAAUUAGAUGAGGAGGAAGAGGAUGAUCCAGAUUUGACUCGCUCUGGCUUCGAUAAAGUCUGCACGGAUAGAGUCCCAUUGGGCUGUUCAUGGGAUGUUGAUGAUCCGAGAUUGUUGAUUUGCAAUGCGAGGAAAUUGAAAGUAACGAGAGGACCAGAAAAAAGUAAAAGUUUAGAGAGCGAAGAGCAAGUUAUCGUCAGCAUGUUCUUUUCUACGGACAAGGGUAUAUGCAUACAAGACGUGAGGGCCGCACAUGCUGAUGCUAGGUUGCUGGGUGUUGCUACACCGUACAUAGCGAUUCUGCAUAAGUUGAACGUCGAUCGAUUGGUGAUGAACGAUUUCGUGGGAUUGGAGACUUGCAAUGCGGCUACGAAGAAUGCAGUAUUAGAUUUCAGCUAUAACUUGAGCAUUGGAAAUAUGGAUUCGGCGUUCAAGGCUAUAAAGCUGGUACAAAGUAGCGGAGUCUGGAACAGUUUGGCUCGGAUGUGCGUGAAGACUAGAAGAUUGGAUGUGGCUGGAGUGUGUUUAGGACAUAUGGGUAACGCAAGAGCUGCGAAAUUAUUAAGACAAGCAAUGUCAGAUUCCUCUUUACCGCAUGAGGCUAAAUUGGCGGUUCUUGCAGUGCAAUUAGGAAUGCUUGAAGAAGCUGAGCAGUUGUAUAUUCAGUGCGAACGGUACGAUCUUCUGAAUAAGUUGAAUCGCGAUAGAAAUAAAAUGGACGAGGCUAUUGCUGUGGCUCAGACCAAAGACAGGAUACAUCUGAGGCACACCGAACAUGUUUGGGCGAAGAACAUGGAGUUGGAGGGAAAUUUUAAAGAAGCCAUUGCUCACUAUGAAAAAGCCAACACUCAUAGAUACGACGUUCCUAGGAUGUUGAUGGAUCAGCAGGAGCAACUACAAGGCUACAUGUCCAAGACCACUGAUCCGGAAUUGCUGAAAUGGUGGGGUCAAUACAUCGAAUCGCAAGGAGAUAUGAACGCUGCUCUGCGGAUUUAUUCGAACGCCGGUGAUAUUUACUCGCAGGUUAGAGUUCUCUGUUUUUUGGGCGAAGAGAGUAGAGCCAGCGAUUUGGCUCGAUCGGGGAACGACAAAGCCGCUUUCUACCACAUGGCCAGACAUUACGAAACUACGGGAAACAUCGAGGAUGCUGUCGGCUUCUUUACUAGAGCAAACGCUUACAGUAACGCUGUUAGAUUAUGUAAAGAAAAUAACUUGGUUGAUGAGUUGUGGAAUAUUGGCUCAGUGGCUGGUAACAGGGAGAAGCUGGAAUGCGCCAGGUAUUUCGAGGAGACUGAAACUCUGGAUAAAGCAGUUAUACUGUAUCAUCGAGCUGGUAUGUUACAUAAAGCUUUGGAUUUGGCGUUCAGAACGCACCAAUUCGAUACGUUGCAACAGAUCGCAACCGAAUUGGAUGCGGAUUCCGAUCCAGCGCUGAUCAAGAAAUGCGCUGAAUAUUUCGUCACCAAUGAACAGUACGAUCGGGCCGUUGAUCUUUUGGCUGUAGGAAGGAAGUACGUCGAGGCUAUAACCGUAUGUCUUGAGCAUAACGUCCAACUCAACGAGGAUCUAUCGGAGAAGCUGACGCCAGAGAAAGACGAGAUAGAAGACGGUAUGCGUAUAAAGGUUUUGGAGAAUUUGGCUGAAAGUCUGAUGGCUCAAGGGAAUUACCAUCUGGCCACCAAGAAGUUUACGCAAGCCGGUGAUAAGAUUAGAGCUAUGAAAGCUUUGCUGAAAUCGGGAGAUACGGAUAAAAUCAUUUUCUUUGCUGGCGUAUCGCGCCAACGUGAGAUUUACAUAAUGGCCGCAAAUUAUUUACAAUCCCUAGACUGGCAGAAUCAGCCGGAGAUUCUGCGCAAUAUAAUAACGUUCUACUCGAAGGGUAAAGCCAUGGAUUUGUUGGCCAACUUCUACGUGGCUUGCGCGCAAGUCGAAAUAGAUGAGUUCCAAAACUACGAGAAAGCUUACGGAGCUUUGACGGAGGCGUCCAGGUGUCUGGCGAAGGUUACCCAACCGAGAGAUGCAAAUCAGCAGCGCAGAGCCACGGAGAUCGUGCAACAUCAGUUGACGUUCGUCAAACGAUUCGUCGAUAUUAAGAGAUUGUUCGAACGUGGUGAUCUGCAAACUGGUAUGACACAAUGUAAGCAGCUGUUGAUCUCUGGUGGUAAAGAUUUGGAAUCGUCGGUGCGUCGCGGCGAUAUAUACGCGCUCAUGAUACAGAUCUGCGUUAAGAACGAGAGUUUCCCAGAGGCCAGACAACUUUUCCUGGAGCUUAAGCAGGUGCUCGCAGCCACCACCAAUGUUUCGGUCACGUAUUAUGUUAACAAGGAUAUAUUGGAAGCUUUGGCUAAAGGACUCGGGAUUCCGCUCUCCUCGUUGGUGCCGAUCGCGGAGAAAGUCGAUGAAGUCGGAAAAGUUGAUGAGGAUGAUGAGGAGGAGAUUGUAGAGGAAAUGGUUAAUGAUCUGUACAACUCUUGUAGUAAUAAUAAUCAUUUCAAAUUCGUUUUCGCCAAGAUGAACUCGAACGAACCGGGUGACCACUCGCUGGCCGCCUCGCAUCCCCCAACAGAUUCCAACGAAGGUAACCAAAGGCCACCAUCAACGAUCACCACAUCGGCUGCCACUGACCUAAGGGUGAACACAACAGCUCUGAAUGCGGUUGCUCUGAGUAGUGUCGCCAAGUAUUGGGUGCUCACCAACCUGCUGCCUGGACCCGUACCACAAGUUGCUGUCUAUGGCCUUCCAGGAUCUGCGAAGCCUGAAAACCAACCCAAAGUCUCACAGGAAUCGAUGAUGCCUCAACACGGCGGACUAAUACCGCCUGAUAACGUGCUACUGCAUAAUUCGCAAGUACCGCCGGCAAAUCUGACGAUACCAACGACCAUGCACUUGGAAUCGCAGCAGAACGGACAUCCGCAAAUCAACCAUCAGCAACAAGAAAAUCAAAAUAUGGUUUCCCAACAACAACAUAAUCAAAUGCAACAACAGCAACAGCAGCAGCAGCAACAACAACAGCAACAACAGCAGCAGCAGCAACAACAACAGCAACCGCCGCCUUCGCAGCAACAGAAUAUGGUUCAAGUGCAAGUGCAAGAUAACAUGGUUUCUGUAAUUGAAGAUAGCAAAGACCAUAAAGAUAUAAUUGCUUCUCAAUUGGUGCAAGCGCAGUUGCUGAAUGAGAAUACCCAAAUGGGACAGCAGCAGCAACAACAGCAACAAGGUUUGACGCCACAGCAGAUCCAGCAGAUGCAAGUACAGCAGGUUUUGGAUAACGUUGUUCGAAUGGAUACCGGCGAAGGUAAUCAAGCGAACGAUGAGCACAUUGGACCAGAUGGCAUGCAGAUCAAAGAUGAGAAGGUCAUGCAGAACUGCACGAAACUGUUGGGCGGCCAAUUCGGUAUGCCCGAUAUUAAAACUAAUUUGAUGGACGUCCGGACCGCAGAUGGAAGCAUCGUCAAGAUAUCAGCCGGUAUUCAAGAUCAAGAUUUGGCCAAAACGCUUGGAGCUGCUGAGAUGGUGCAGAGCAUGUACAAAGUGAACGUCGACGACAUCAACCAGCUGUUGGCCUACCACGAGGUGUUUGGAAAGUUGCAAGGCGAAAUAACGGGAGGCGCUGGGAAUCUGGUGCAGAAUAAUCCGGGCGGUCUUCAGGGUGUGAACAGCAUCGCGGUGGUGCCGAAAAUGGAUAAUGAUCAAGAAGCAUCGACCAGCGGGCUGAGCACCGACAGUCCACCCGCUGUGAUUACAGGUAAUCAUGUGUGUGAUUUAUGUGGAAAAAUGUUCCAGUUUCGUUACCAGUUGAUAGUGCACAGACGUUAUCACACUGAACGAAAGCCAUUUACUUGUCAGGUAUGCGGGAAAGCUUUUACGAACUCCACGGAGCUGAGCAGGCACGGAAAAUGCCACCUAGGAGGUAGCAUGUUCACCUGCAAUGUUUGCUUCCACGUGUUUGCGAACGCCGCUUCUUUGGAGCGUCACAUGAAGCGACAUACCACGGAUAAACCAUACCCGUGCACGUUAUGCGGGAAGUCUUUUGCUCGUAAGGAACACCUCGAGAAUCACACCAGGUGUCACACAGGUGAAACACCGUACAGGUGUCAAUACUGCGCAAAGACGUUCACGAGGAAGGAGCAUAUGGUGAACCAUGUGAGGAAGCAUACGGGUGAGACUCCUCAUAGAUGCGAAAUUUGUAAGAAGUCCUUCACAAGGAAGGAGCACUUCAUGAACCACGUGAUGUGGCAUACAGGUGAGACUCCUCAUCAGUGCACCAUAUGCGCCAAGAAGUACACUAGGAAGGAACAUCUUGCAAAUCACAUGAGAUCACAUACGAAUGAUACGCCGUUUAGAUGCGAGAUUUGCGGGAAAUCAUUUACAAGGAAAGAGCACUUCACGAAUCACAUCAUGUGGCAUACGGGUGAGACGCCCCAUCGCUGCGACUUCUGCUCGAAAACGUUUACACGGAAAGAGCAUUUGCUGAACCACGUGAGACAGCACACGGGCGAAUCGCCUCAUCGGUGCGGUUACUGUUCGAAGAGUUUCACGAGGAAGGAGCACCUGAUCAACCACGUGCGUCAACAUACUGGAGAAACCCCGUUCAGAUGCAGCUACUGCCCGAAAGCGUUCACGCGAAAAGAUCACCUUGUCAAUCACGUCCGUCAGCACACCGGGGAAUCGCCUCACAAGUGCACGUAUUGCACGAAGAGCUUCACCAGAAAGGAGCAUCUCACCAACCACGUCCGGCAGCACACCGGCGAGUCUCCGCAUCGCUGCACGUUCUGCUCGAAGAGCUUCACCAGGAAGGAACAUCUGACCAACCACGUCAGGAUACACACCGGAGAAUCUCCACACAGAUGCGAAUUCUGCCAGAAGACGUUCACGAGGAAGGAGCAUCUCACGAACCACUUGCGGCAGCACACCGGCGAAACUCCGCAUUGCUGCAACGUGUGCUCGAAACCGUUCACGAGGAAGGAGCAACUCAUCAAUCACAUGAGAUCCCACACAGGUAAAUUUCUAGGCGAGAGACCGUUCAGUUGCGGCGAGUGCGGUAAAUCGUUCCCGCUCAAAGGAAACCUGCUCUUCCAUCAAAGGUCGCAUAACAAGGGGGCUGCAGCAGAGAGGCCCUUCCGCUGCGAUUUAUGUGAUAAAGACUUUAUGUGCAAAGGGCAUCUGGUGUCGCACAGGCGUUCACACAGCGGCGAAAGACCGCACGCCUGCCCGGAUUGCGGUCGCACCUUUGUCGAAAAAGGCAACAUGUUGAGGCAUUUGAAGAAGCACGCCGCUGAGAAUUUAGCAGCUCAGCACGGGCCUAACGCCGCCAACCAUCAACCGCCUACACAGCCGCAGCCGCCGCAGACGAGCGUUGCCAACGUGCAGAUACCGCAGGUCACGCAGCCGCCUCCGCUUCCUGUAACGUCGGGGGCGGCGAUCGUUCAGCAGACGUUGAGCAUGCAUCCGCAGAACCCGCACCCCGUCGUGGUGCCAGCAGCUAACGGUAACGUUCUCGCGUCGUAUUAACAAGGGCAAAGAAAAGAGAGAAAAAAAAAAACGAUGCGCACCGAAUAUUUCCGAGGAUCGAGCUCCUCCCACAACAACGUUUUGUUUUGCCAUUUAGUGCCAUUUCUUUUGCCAAAAAAAAAGGAUUUUCUUUUUUUUUUAUUAAAUUAUACUUUUCUCGGAUGAUGCAAGCAGAAUGGAAACGUCGACCAAACUACUUAAUAUGCCUUAAAAAGGGUUGCGGGGUGUGCAGGUUGCACGCCCUAUUCGUUUUAACGCUCCGCUCCGCUCGAUGCGUGUAAAUAGUAAGGUGGAAUUCGGUGGGGGCGUUAAUUUGAACAAAAAACCUCGUCUGUUUUUUUUAUUUUUCGUAGACGAUGAAUGUAGAUGAAACGAUUGUAUAAGAAGAGAGAGAUAUACACACGAAUUAACGAUUAUUUUGUUAGGCCAUUUGUUGAUAAUUUUUUGUAUACAGGGUGUUCUUUUUUCUUUAGAAAGAUCAACAACCACCAACACAGCACCACCUGUAUAUGAUCUGUUGAAUAUAGAUUAGCCGUUUAUACACAUUAUAUAUAUAUAAAUAUAUAUGCAUGGCCAGUGCGUAGAGUGAAAGAGAUAUAUAGCGAGAGAAAGACACGAAGAGAGAUUGAGAGACCGGACGGAGGAAUAAAAAAAAAUUAUUAAUAAUAAUAAUAAUAUUAACAUAGUAUUUUAAAAGAUAAUGUACAUAAUUAAUGAAAAGAAGAUUAUUUUUGUUAUUUGUAUAUUAACUAUAUAAUAGCAGGAUAUAUAGAAAGAGAACAGUGGAUUUAAACAGAAUAAUAAUUAUAAUUAUAAAUAAGAGAAAGGAGGAGAAUGAAUAAUUGAAGGUGGAGUGGACUUGAUGAGAUUUCGUUUCAUUUGCAUUUAUAUAUAUAUAUAUAGUAUAUAUACUUACUCGGAUUGAGUUCUGGAUUUAUUUUGAUACAUUUUUCUUUUCUUUUAAUUUAAAAAAAAAUUUUUUCUUUAAUUUUCGUUUCUUUCCGAAUCUAUUAUAAUCACUAUGACCACUAACAAUGUUCGGAACUAGGACUAGGCAUGCAAGAAAAUGUGAUAAAUUUUGUUUUUAGGAUUACCGUUUGUUUUCGUGUAUUAAUUUUUUUUUUUUUGAAAUUUUCGGUUUCGUUGGAUCUGCUGUAAUAUUUCUCAAAAAACAAAAAUCACGUCAGCUUUAUAGCUUGCUUGAUGCGUGCAGCGUGCAAUGUGCAAAAUGAAAAGACAAUCGGUUUCACGUGAAAUCCAAAGACUACUCGAUCUCACGCGGAACGGAUUCAUUUUGCUCAUUUCAGUAUAAACUUUAUACAUAGACUCACGUACACUAAUCUCUGUUUUUUUUUAAAUUAAUUAAUUAAUUAAUAUUAAUUACGUUUAAUUUAAAGUCUCGCCCCCUCAAGACUUGUUUACUUUUCUUUUAUUUAAGUAACUUUUCGAGUUGUAGCGCAGAUCUACACGAGAAUGUGGCGUUGCGAACAAUUUAAACCCUUUCCCUUUUGUAAAUAUCAUUUGUAGCAUGGAAUAUGGCGCGAAUUGACCUUUUUUUUCUUUUAUAUAAUUUUUAUAUAUAUAUAUAAUUUUUUUUUUUCGUUCGUUCGUUUUGAUGUGUUUUUUUCCCUUCGUUUCCAGGCGAAAUGAGUGAAAGAAACGAAGUGAAAAAGAAAAUAAGAACUAAUAGUAUUAUGCGAUUCUUUAACUUAACUUUAUUCGUUCUUUAAUUUAAUUAUCACUAAACAAUUAAUUAGGACACGAAAUAAUAGUACGGCUCGCUCGUAAAUAUUUUCUUGUGAAGAAACAAAAGGAUGGGACGAUCCCAACAAAAAA